CUAGAAAUAUAAUAACGCUCAAGACAAUUACCAAGAUCGUGAGCGACCUUGAUAUGACAUUGAGAUGGUAAGAGAAGAAAUGAUACUAUUUCUUCGAGGUCUUUUGUAUGUCAUUUCGCCGCAAAUUAAUAUAAUUCAAGUGUUCACGUACAUCAGCCAACACAUUACUUUUGUUGGCAACCACAUUAAAGGUAAUCUUGUGGUUUUAAAAAUACUAUGGAGGUUAAUGGUAAUGUUGCGUCCUCAAGGCAUGAUGCAUGAUGUCGAGACAUGAGAUAUAUGGAGACACAAAGCAUCCUCGGGGGUUAAGUUCUUCUAGCUCUCGGCUAAAAGAACUGCGACAUCUUAUUCUUCUUCUUGUUCUCCAGUUGUCACACAUCAUAGCUGAGUCUUAUUGAGUCUCUGAAGCUGAAUAGACUCAAUAGAUUAUUACAUAUUACGUUAACGGGUUUGGGAAGAAAUAAAUCAUCGACUGGACUGUAAGGAACACAUCGGACGCCAGAACAAUUAAAAACUCAGCAGCACGCAUCGUGCGAUACAAAUAUUAUUGUAUCGAAGGAAAGUUUGACUCAACAACAACGUCGACUGCUUUAGCAAUUUAACGGGGAUAUAGGUAUAAGAACACGGACACGAGGAGUUGCUCGAGAUAGUUCGGUAUAAUACACCACACCCAGUCUUACACCGAGUUUUUAAAGAUAUGGCUGUGCUGUUAAAACUACUUUUGUUUAUUUGCACGGUGGAAGUAGCGAGAGCGCAAUUCUCAGAAGCUGAUAAAGGAAAUCCACCAGCACGUCGACUACCUUCUGUACGGACAUCAGUACGUUUUCUUCCUCGGCAAGCCGUUCGAUCUAGUGUAGCAACACCCACUAUUGUACCUAAUCCCCGUUUACGUCGUCCAAUACCAUUAAAAUCACGACCGACAUCGGAAGCUAAUGAAAUCCAGGCAGUAACAUUACCACGUGCCAAGCCUACAUUUCUUCCAACGUUGAAAUCAGAGAAUUUAUCGACUCCGCCUCCUCAAUUACUCCAACAAGACCAACCGAUAAAACCAGUGAGUGAGGAAGAAACUAAAGAGGAAGAGGAAGAUAUUAACCGAUCUUUCGCAAAACAGCUAAAUGCUGCUCACUCAUUUCCUCAACCGACCACUAGUUUAUUCUCAACUCCUUUAACGCCAAGACCAGAACCGAUAUUUCAGUAUCGACCGGGUUUUAACUCACCAGUUUUUAUACCAAGACCAACUCAAUUCCAACAGCAACAACAGCAGCAGCAACAACAACUUAUUCAGCAGCAGCAGCAACAAAACCAACAACAGCAGCAGCAACAACACGAGCAACGUCAGCAGCAACAAGAACAGCAACACGAAGAACAAGAACAACAACACCAGCAGCAGCAACAACAGCAACAGCAGCUCCAUAAUCAACAACACCAGCAGCAACAACAGCAGAAACAGCAGCAACAACAACAGCGGCAGCAGCAACAGCAGCGACAACAACAACAGCAGCGACAGCAACAACAGCAGCGGCAACAACAAUCAUCAUCACCACUACCAACUUCAACACCGCAAACAACAGUAGUUCAGCAGCUUCAUGAAGAAAUAAUUGCUCCAGUACAAUAUCGUCCCCCAAAGCCACUCAAGUUCCGUAAGCCCGUCGACGAUGAAGUCAAAGUUCCCGUAAGACAACAGCAACAACAACCCCAAGUAUUUCGACAACAAUCAGAUCAAUGGCGACAACAAGCUGUCAAUAAACAAUCAAGCAAGAAACUCCAGUACCGUGAGAAGAAACCCGUUGCGCAGGUUGUCAGACGGUGGAGAGAAGACAAUCCCGACGGGUCAAUAACUUGGGGAUACGAAAACGAUGACGGUUCUUAUAAAGAAGAAGUAAUUGGCGUUGAUUGUAUAACUCGCGGUAAGUAUGGUUACAUUGAUUUAGAUGGUAUUAAGAGAGAGUACACGUACGUUACCGGCAUUAAGUGCGACGAGCAAGAACAAGAGGAACAGCAAGACGACUUAAAUGGAUUUGUCGAUUACCAAGAGAAUAAGCUAGUCUUAUCCAACGGCAGAACAAUUGACUUGUCUAGUAUGGGCAAAAAACAAUCGCGUAGACCACAACAUGCUUACAGAAAUUAAACUUUGUUGUUACACUAA